ACGAAGGCAGUCUCGACUCGUGAAGUGUACCGUUUGACACUCCCUAAUCAUAACGUGAGUGCGAAUCAUCAGGAUAUCUUUUUUUAACUAUGUCCCCAAAAAAUCUGGUUUGGAAACAUUUCUAAUUUGCGCCUUGAGCUAUGGCGACUGCAAGAGCAAAGUCAUUCCGUCGGACAGGGAGUCUGAUGCGAAGUAAAUCAGAGGGAACCUUGAUAGAUCUGGAUGACAGUGUUACCAUAAACAACAACAACCUCUAUGGUAGUGACGUUUCCAAUCAGAUGACUGAACAUUACGAAUGGCCCAUCCUGCAGCCAGAAGUCCAACACACAAAGCAACAAACAACCAAUCCCUUCUGGAAUAAACUCUCAGACUCAAACCCAUUCUUAGACGACAUUGUUCUCUCCAAGAAUGAUGUCUCCAUUCUGAGAGAGGACCCCUCAGCUAUUGUUGUCGGAGACAAUGAGGAUUCCAUCAGUACAUCUUCAGAUGAAAAUAAUUUUGGUCAUCUUUUACAUCCCAUACAGAAGUCUUUCCGCCAAUCUGCGAGGUGGCGGAGUGCUUCAGACAUUCUUGAUGGCUUGGAGAAGAAGAAGCAACCUAAGAAAGAGGGAAAACUUGGUUCUUCAGGCCCAUUUCUCAACCCUGACUUUGAAUGGCUUAAAAAUGACCGUGAGGCUUAUAAGAUGGCCUGGCUGAGUCACAGACAGCUUACACGAUCCUGCUUGGACCUCGGAAUGAUGAGUCAAAGCCCAGGCUGGGCACAGACUCAGGCUGCAGACACACACGUCAUGUGUAAAAUUGGUCAUAGUGGAGGUUCUGUACAGCUGCCAGACUCUGACGUCAGUGUGCACAUACCACAGGGUCAUGUAGGGCCUGAGGAAGUUCAAGAAAUUGCUCUUAAAGCCAAUCUGGAUCCACCCAAAGGCCUUAAUAACAACUACAUGGCCACUGUGUCUCCUCUUGUGGAGAUUAGUCUUAGUAACCUCAAUGUAAAGGAGGGCAUCUCAUUUGAGAUGAAGGUGGCAGCGGAGGUGAAGGAAGAUCCACUAAGCCAAGUGAUGACUACAUUUGUGGGCCUUAUUGCCUCCAAGAAAGAAGGGCCCUAUCAGAAGGUCAGUGACUGUUAUUUCAAUGAGAAUAUGUUACAGAUGAAGCUGCAAGAAUUGAAGCCACAUCUUUACAUCAUUGCAGCUGCGGAGGCCUCUGUGGUCCAGCCUCCGGCUACUUCGGUUUGGGACUACCUGAAUCGUCUGGUCACAGUCGCAGUUUAUGGACCCAAGCACAUCCAUCCAUCCAUCAAAGUAGUCAUGGUAAUCUCCUGUCACAACAAAGUUCCACCAAGACUUCCCUAUUCAGACAUGAAGAGGAGCAGUAGAAACUUGCCUCCUCUUGUUCUGCAUUUGUGGGGGGGGAAAGAAUUCAGUCCAGAUGGGUUAAAAGACUUGCAUAUUAAAACCAGUGUGGCUGAGUCAAAGUUUGCCGUGAAAGCCAUGGAUCAAAUCAAGGAAAUAACACAACAUCAACUUAGACAAGGACGAGUUAUCCAUUUGCCUCUAGAACUUUCGAAAUCUGACAAUGGUGAACUAGAACCUUUCAUCCUCAAUAUCCAGGUGAAGAGCUCAGAAGGUGAAACUGUGAUGGGCUUCACUGUGAACUCUCCUCCAGCUCUUCCUCUAAAGACUGAAAAGCAAUCCAAAAGAAGAGUGGACAAACAUCAUGAAAUGACCCGUUCAGUACCUAUCCCAGAAGAAGAAAUUCCAGAAUCCCCAAAAUUUCAGCACCGGCCAGUGAAUCUGCAGUGGUAUGGUGUGGCACUGAAAUCAGUGUUGCGACAGCCAAGGGUAGAAUAUCUCCUGGAGUAUUUUAAAGGUGACACUGUAGCUCUCCUUUCAAAAGAGAGAGUAAGGUCUGUUGGCCAAUCCAAAGUAAAAGAAUGGUACAUAGUUUUUUUGCGUGGCAGAAUCGGACUGGUGCACUGCAAAAACUUGAAGCUCAUCACCAGAGACCAAGUAAUUGACUUCACCGGGAUCAAGAUGACCACACAGAACUUGCUGGAUAACAUGACACUUCCAUUUAAGAAGCUGACAUACAUGUACUCUGCUAUUCAGACUCUGGUCACUGAGCAAAUAACAAGCUGGAAACAUUUUGCUGAAGCUCUGGGCUACUCAGAAGAGACUUUAGAGACAAUAGUACGAAGGCAUGCUGAGACCGAUGCUGAGAAAGUAGCCUGUGUGCUAGAAAAGCUGAAAGAGGAUUGUCACACAGAUAAACAUCGACUAAAAUUUCAACAUGAACUGAUGAAUGGGUUGUUAAAGAUGGAUGCCCAGGGUUUGGUGGCAAGCCUCAUCCAGAACACAGUGAUUUUGUCUACUGCUGUGGAACUGGGAGUGCGAUGGAGAGAACUUGCAGAGCGGCUUGGACGACUCUCUGGUGCCCAGAUUGCUGCCUAUGAGACACCACACAGAGGCAAAGACGGGGAGGUCAGUGCUCAGUCAAUGUGGAAACCUGCGUAUGACUUCCUACACCUGUGGAGCCUGCGAUAUGGGGAGGGCUACAGAGACAUGAUCCAAGACCUCCAUUUAGCUUUGGACAAGAUGAAGAGUCCAGUGACCAAGCAGUGGAGACAUAUCACUGGUGCCCUCAUCACUGUCAACUGUAUGGAUAUUUUGAGGGCCUACGCCUUCAAAAAGCUGUAGUGGGACUGAAGUAGAAAUUGUGGGAAGAAAAUGGGUUUCAGUAUUUGUCAUAGCAGAGUUGAGCAAAUUCAUCAGCUUGCCUACAUUUGCUCCACCAACAUCUAUGUUGUAUAGAGUAAAACUUGUUGGGAAAUUCAUAUCUGAAUUGCAUAACUAUACUACUUUUCAGGAGAUUUCAAUAGCCAUCAUGGCAUUCUAUAUUCUGUUCCAGUUGUUUGGCUUAAAACUGCAUUACACUGCCACAUCUGUUACCAUUUUUUAAGAAUUUAUUUUAACAUGCUAAUAUAUUUUACUGAUAUA